UUAUUUGAUAAUUUGGGAGGGGGCCUGUUAUAUGCUGGAUCCGGCCCAAACCAAAAGCUUAGGCUUUUACAGGCCUAUCCAACGGCGUCAGUCUCCGCCUGGCAACCCGGUCCGUGCUUGUGAUAAUUGAAGAUAAAGAUCGGAGACGAGAGAAAUGGCGGCAAUUGAGCCUCCACCUUUCCAUGAAUCGGAUCGCUGUGAUGUUUGCAAAUGUAGCUUUAGCACUUUCCGUCGAAGACAUCAUUGUCGUCGUUGUGGAAGGACACUAUGCCACGAACAUUCUUCAAAUCAAAUGGCUUUACCACAAUUCGGCAUCCUGUCUAAUGUUAGAGUAUGCGCUGAUUGUUUUAAUGAUUCUACUCGAUCAGGCCAAACUAAAUCACACGCUUCCUCUGAUGGAGCUCAUUCUGUAACUGAUAAAUUUUCUAGAUUAGACAUUGGUGCAGAAACAUAUUCAACAACUGAAACAGCUACACAGAGUCAAUCUGUUACAGGUGCUAUAGAAUGCAAAUGUGGAAUGCCUUUAUGCAUAUGCGAAGCUCCAGCCCCUAUAGCAGAAGCUGUUCCACUGCAGAUGAAAACCCCUUCUAGCAGUAUGUCUCAGUCAAAUCCAAAACCAAAGAAGACAGAUGCCAAUCUUAGGAACAGAGUUUCCUCUUCAAACAACAAGCCUAGUUCAGUUUUCAAUCAUGGUCAGACAACAAAUGGCAGUAGUGAUAGCCCUCAGAUGGAUUAUGAAGUAAAUGGGGAGGGUUUGCGGGAAGCCAUAAAGAAUGGUGAUACUGCUGCAGUCAAGAAGCUACUGAGCGAGGGUGUUGAUGCAAACUAUCGUGACAAGCAAGGACUAUCUUUGCUACAUUUGGCUGCACUAUUUAACCGAACUGAUAUAGCUUUUAUCCUCAUGGAAUCUGGAGCAAGCCUGGCCUACAAGAAUGCACAAGGGGAAACUCCACUAGACUGUGCUCCUGCAACUUUGCAAUACAAGAUGAAAAAGAAAAUGGAAGAACAUGGGCAGCAGGGCCCACAAACCACCAUUUGAGAGUAGAUAUAUCUUUUUCAUCUACAUAUAACUUGCACAUGCAUGAUCAAGAAAAGGAAAAAAGAAAAAGACAACUGCACAUGCAAGUUGUCCAUUACUUGAAGAAAUAGUUUUGAUUUGGCCGAGUGAAUUUGUAUAAUGUAAGUUAUGAAUGCUAGCGGAUAGCACUGAGAAUCUUUACCAUUGCUCAUCGAGUAUCCAAUAGAGAAUCCCCUUCUUUUAUUGGCUACACCGUAGGGCUUCUUUUUAGAGGCAAUAAAAAAAAAAAAAAAGUGUUUAUCUGUGUA